AUGUCUGGUCACGGUAAGUGUGGUAAAGGCUUGGGGAAGGGAGGUGCCAAGCGCCAUCAUAAAGUGCUUUGGGAUAACAUCCAAGGUACUACCAAGCCAGCUAUUCGUCGCUUGGCUCGAUGCGGCGGGGUGAAACGUAUUUCGGGGUUGAUCUACGAAGAGACCCGUGGAGUGCUGAAGGUGUUCUUGGAGAAUGUGGUCCGCAAUGCUGUCCCUUACACUGAACAUGCCAAGCGAAAGACUGUAACAGCUAUGGAUGUGGUUUAUGCUCUGAAGCGCCUGGGUUGUACUCUCUAUGGUUUUGGUGGCUAA